AUGUCCAGCAGGCCAAUAUGCCACUUUUACAACAAGCCAGGGGGUUGCCGCCGAGGCGCCUCCUGCAAGUUCGCGCAUGUGGGCCCGUCAGCGCCAUCGUCACCUGGCGCGGCGGGCCCCAGUGCCACUUCCUCACGUCCCUCGUCCGGCAGAGGCAAUAUCCCCCCAGGAGUUUGCUCCUUCUUCUGGGCGGGCAAUUGUACGCGGACCGAUUGCCGCUUCAAGCAUGAAGUAAACCCCAACACCGCUGGUGGUCCGGCCUCUGCUGUGGGAAACUCUGACGGGGUUGCCGCUCCUGUCGUCAGUUUCCUCACAGAGGCAGGACUCGCCAAGGUCAUGGAUUCGGGGACGGACGUCUUCUUCGCUUCGUCUCAGGCAACAACACCGUCACACGUACACGGCGCGCUUAGACGCUUUCUUGCCGACGACUACCGUUUUGGCAGUGUUCAUCAAAUAUACGCCUUCGUGACGUUGUUAUCGAGUGCGAACUCUGCGGCGAGUCCGUCGUGGACCGUCGAAGAGGGACAACUUCUCCUCAACAAGAUCGCUACCGGCAACGGCCUGAACCGCUUCUCUGACAUCAUUCAAUACCCCGAGGUAUCCAUGAAUGCCGGCUCUUUCAAGAACAAGCUGUCCUUUCAACGCGGAUACGUCCCCGCGCUACAGUAUCUCUCGUCGGAGUUCGUGGUGAAAAGCACACUAAGUCAUCUCGUCAACGCGCUAUAUGCGUUGGUCAUGAGCAACUUCGAGCAUUUUGCCGACGUCGUCGAGGGGUCGAUGACUCAUGCAAUGACUAGACGCAGCUUCCGCGAUCUGAACGUAGCUUCGUCCAAGGAACUCGUAGGGAGCAUGGUGCUGGGAGCCCUGUCGGAGGUAUUGUUCGAAUGUAUCACCCGCUUCAAGAACGCGGCAGCGACGCAUCCUCGGCUCGUUCCAUUGAUCAUGCACGUUCAAGAAUGGACGGAGACCUGGAUACAGGGUAUAUCUACUGCCCCGCCCGUGUUCGAGGAUCCAUUCAAGGAUAUGCCUGCCGAGGGUCGCGAACACGUUUUACGACACCUCAAGGGCAGAGUUGACAGGAUCGCCCUCAUUGGCGAACGGGAGCGCACUAGGCUUGAGAAGGCCGCUCGCCCUCGCAACGCAUUGACGUUCACGAGGGGCGCCGGUGGCUCAUCCGAAGGUAUCAUCGCGGCUCUUCAGGCCAACUAUCAGGGUCCGGGACAAGAGCGCGCCGAAGGGCCGCGCCACGAUAACGAUUUUUCUGACAUCAGAGACAUACGCAUUGCCCCCACAAACGAGGAGUUGGUGUGCCGUACCGAACCCUAUCUACCCGCAAAUUUCUAUAACGCUCCUCAUCACCUACCGGCAAACAGCGUGGAGCGUCUGCUAGACAUCCAGUUUCGCCUCCUUCGAGAAGAGCUUACCGCUCCUUUGCGGUCCUCGAUUCAACUCGUCCACGACGAUCUUCUGUCCCGCGGAAAGACACAGGUCGCGGAACUCAUCAAAAAAGGCGGCGGCAAAUAUCGCGGACAUUCCGGUGAUCGAGACAAUGUUAUGUUCAAUGUCUAUACGAACGUCGAAGUGCAAUCCUUCUCGCCCGACAGAAGGGGCAUAAGCAUUGGUCUGUCCUUUGACGCCCCACCCGGACGGGCGCGACUUCCUCAAGCCAAGGCCAGGGCGGCGUUUUGGGAUAGUGGCAAGAGGCUGAUGCAAGGAGGGCUUAUAGCGCUCAUCUGGAAGUCAGGUCGCAAUGUUGCUGUCCACCUCGGAAUAGUAUCCAGCUCGCUCCAGGAUAUCACAGAAAGCGCAAGGAGAUCCGCAGAUCGUAUAUUGACCUCCGUGGUUUUUUUCGAUCCGUCGGUCGAACUCAGGAUGUUGAAUGGGCUGAAGCACCCUGAGAACGAUAGUCAGAGCACGCAAUUACUCAUCGAGGCGCCGGUCAUGUUCGAGUCAAUUCGCCCAUUCUUGGAAGCUCUACAACGUAUAGAACCAGCGUCAAUUCCUUUCGCGCGGUAUCUCGUGCACCAGCCCCCGGAAAGCUUGCGCUCAGUAGUCGUCUCCCCGCCGUCAUAUGCAUCCGUGCCCGGGUUCACGUUCAGAUUGGAUUCUCUGUUUCCGGAGUCUGCAAGGGUGGAAGAUCUUCGACUGUCGGUUGCCGUACUUGCAUCGGUCGAGAACGCUCGUCAGCUGCUACAGCAGAGCAGCAGGCUGGACCCUUCGCAGGCAGAUGCUGUUGUCACCGCGUUGACAAGGGAGCUCGCGCUCAUACAAGGUCCACCUGGUACGGGCAAAAGCUACACAGGCGUCGAGCUGCUGCGCGUACUCAUCAAGAACGGAAUCCGGCCUAUCCUCAUGAUUGCCUUCACGAACCAUGCCCUCGACCAUUUACUGACCGCGGCCUUGGAUGCGGGAAUCACGACGAGCAUCGCUCGAUUAGGGUCAAGGUCCGCCGACGAACGCAUCGCGAAGUACAACAUCGAAGAGAUCGAGAAAAUAUCGGGACGUUCCCGCCUUGACCGAGAAUUCUCCCGCAACUAUCGCGAGUUAAAGGACGUCGAGAAGGAGUUCGUGGCGCUCAUGCAGCAGUUCCUCAAGGGGCGCAUUGAAAGUAGCCAAAUCACGGAUCACCUUCAGAUAUUCUAUCCCGAGUUGUAUGAGGGUUUCCAUAACCCUGUCCCAUGGAUCGCGCAUUUGUAUCAUCUCUCCAAUCGACACGACGGCGGUGGCCCCUGGGAAAGACAAGGAAAGGGACGCGUUGAAGAAGUAGACGAUUCCAUGUAUGCAUACUGGAGACAGGGGUUGGACCUGACAUUCCUCUCGCAACCGGGCUCAUACCUUGAGCCGGAUGCUAAAGUGGAUGUGACGCAGAUAUCAGGAGAAGUCAAGCGUCCGAACAACCAUUUCGCUGUUCUUGCCGAAGAGCACGAGGCCAUCGGGGCACAAGUCGCGGACACCACCUCCGAUUCGGACUUGGAUUCAGAGGCAGGUACUGCUGUUGACGACUCCUCCCCCUUGGAUGAACUCUGGCAGCGCAGUGUUCUACCUACAGCACCGCGAAGUGAACCGGACCUUGUGGAAACCGUGAAAUCUCUGUCACUUGAAUCAUCUGCCGAGCCAUUCAUCGCAAAUCUGGACGUCAAUGAUCUCAACGACCCCAUAGCUUUCUUCGUAUAUUUUGGUUACGAUUCCGUCCCCUCGAUACCGGUAUCGGACCGACCUUUGGCUCGACUUCUUGACGAAACAGAUAUUUGGUCGUUCUCAAUGCUUGAACGAGAGCGCCUAGAUGCUUACUGGACGGGGGAGAUCCGUACUCAGCUUCACGAAACACAGCUGCGAGAGUACGAGAGGUUGCGGGAACGACACACGGAGAUGCAGAAGCGAUAUGACGAGGGCAAGAAUGAGAUACGUCGACAACUCUUGAACGGGGUCGACAUCAUUGGCGCUACAACGACGGGUGCUGCAAGAUUGACGGCCCUGCUGUCCUCUAUUGGCCCCAAAGUCAUGCUUGUGGAGGAAGCGGGCCAAGUUCUGGAGACGCAUAUCAUCGGGAGUUUGACCCGUGCUGUGCAACAUUGCAUUCUCAUCGGCGACCCUUUGCAAUUGCGGCCCACGCUAAACAACUACGCACUAUCAAUGGAUAACCCUCGUGGCCGGCAAUUAUACAAGUUCGAUCAGUCGCUGAUGGAGCGCCUCUCGAGUGGAGGGUUCCCGAUGUCACGUAUUGACGUACAGCGACGCAUGCGGCCCACAAUCUCAAAUCUUAUCAGGCAGGCAUUGAAAACCCUUUACCCAACUCUUGAGGAUCAUGAUCUUGUCAAAGCUUAUCCACAUGUCCGAGGAUUGGCCAAGGAUGUCUUCUUCUUCACGCAUAAUCACAAGGAAAAUGGAGGUGGAGAAGAGUCCUCCAGCAAAUUCAACACCUUCGAGGUCGAUAUGAUCAAAGAUCUAGUGUUGUAUUUGCUUCGUCAAGGAUCUUAUAGCCAAGAGGGUGAUAUCGUUGUCCUCUGCGGCUACCUUGGACAAUUGGCUCGCGUUCGAGAUGCCCUGGCUGGUGAGGUUGCCGUUCUCAUUGAUGAACGGGAUCAGGCCGAUCUUGCCGACCACGAGGCCGAAGCGGAUACAAACGACCCAGUUGUUGAACAGGUGAAGGUCGCUAAGCGGGUUAGAAUUCGGACAAUAGAUAAUUAUCAGGGCGAAGAAGCAAAGAUCGUUAUCCUGUCGCUUGUGCGGAACUCUGGAAUCCCUGAAGACGACGAUGAGGCAAUAGUUAGUGCACGUCCAGCAAAGCCAAAUAUUGGUUUUCUGAAGUCUGAGAAUCGUACCAAUGUGGCCCUUUCUCGUGCCAAAGAAGGAUUGUUCAUCCUAGGCAACGCGCACAAUCUAGCUGCACGCAGUGGGAUGUGGCGAGAGGUCAUCGAUGAACUGGAAAAAGACGGGUCGGUCGGAGAUGCAUUUCCAGUCGCAUGUCAUCAGCAUCCGGAUCCAAUACAUUAUAUCUCGACGCCUGGUCAACUUCCGCAAGUCGCACCGGAUGGUGGCUGCCUGCGAGCUUGUGCUACCCGACUGAAGUGCGGUCAUCUGUGUCCUUACAAGUGCCAUGCAGAUGAUCCUGGCCACAUUGCCGUCAUAUGCAAUCAGCAAUGCACCAGACUCUGCCCCCGUGGACAUCCCUGCCGUGGUCUGUGUGCAGAUCCGUGUGGUGACUGCCAUUUCCCUAUCAAGGAUGUGACGUUGCCCUGCGGGCAUCAGAAGACUAGUGUUCCAUGUUAUAUCAUGCAAAACCUCGAAGAGGUUCCAUGCGAGGUUCCUGUGGAACGCGCACUCCCUAGCUGCGAGCAUGUCGCUGUCCUCCCGUGCUAUGAAGAUCCCUCCAAUUUUUCUUGUCCUUCACCUUGUAAUACGCCAAUGGGAUGUUGCAACAAGACAUGCCCUUCACCAUGCUCCCAAUGUCAAGCGUUCAAUGCCCGCCCCGGCGACGAGGAGUCUAAAGUGCCAAGAACAAAUCACAAACCGCAUCCAUGCGAACGAUCCCUGUUUUGCGGGCAUCGAUGCCAAAAUCCAUGCUCAGAGACCCACGAAUGUACAUCAUUCUGUAAAGAAUCGUGUCGCCAAGUGUGUGAACACGCGCGGUGCAGAAAGCCAUGUGGCGCAGCUUGCGCUCCUUGCCAGGAGCCAUGUACAUGGGCAUGCCCUCACUAUUCUUGCCCUGUACCGUGCGGAUCUGUGUGUGCCAGACUCCCAUGUGACAGACGCUGCAGCACCAUUCUGCUCUGCGGCCACAGAUGUCCAUCAGUGUGCGGCGAAGACUGCCAGAUCCAAACGUGCCCAAUAUGUGCAUCGCCGGUGCAGAAGGAGCAAGUUGUGGACGUCAUCCUGGGUCGCACAUUACAGGAAGUUGAACCGGAUCAUGAGACUCUCGACGAGUUGCUCAUCACACUUCCAUGUCGUCAUACAUUUACCGUGGAGACACUCGACGGUCACUGCGAUCUCAAUUCCUUCUACGACCGGGAAAUCGGACCUGAUGGCUCAGGAGGUUCAUGGCUUCGCCUCGCUAUCCCCCCAUCCGGGUUCCUUCAUCCGAAGACUUGUCCUACCUGCCGUGGUCCUAUUGUCGCUUCAAGAUACGGUCGCGCCUACAAACGUGCGGACCUUGACAUCCUGGAGCGGAACGUCGCGUCCAACAUGUCACGCGACCUCCGUCAGGCCCACGAGCGCAUGAAUGCCAGGUCGAAAUCGGAACUGGAGAGUGCACUGACCACAGAAGCUGCCAACGUCCCCAUAAGCAACGCGGUAACCACUGAGGAACGGAGGAAGAAACACCUGAAGAAGCGCAAGGCCAUCCUCAAGGCGCUAGGCGAUAGCCCGUGCCCAACCAGGGCCCUGCACCCCGGGAACGCCGAUCUCUUCCCGAUUCCUCUCGCUGACACUCGAACUUGGAAGACGGUCACGGAAAACUUACUGGCUGCAUAUCAAAAGGCGGUGGACGUUGCAACCACACGGUCCUCUCAUAUUCAUGCCUGGGAAGCCGCUUUCACAAGUCUCUAUAACUUGGAGAAGGAUCGUUCCUUAGCUGACCCGGCAACAGCUCCCCGCAACAUUGAAGAGCAUGCUAUGCGAGUCGCUACUAUAGGUGUGGGGCAACCACGGCCUCGAGCAGACUCGCGUUUCAGGGUAGAGGCCUACUGGGCGACUCUGCAAGUCAGGUUCCUCCUAGCUGAUCUUGCAAGGGCCUGGCUCGAGACGCUCACGAAGAAAGCUGUUUUGCCUCUCCCUGAACACUGUCGCAGCUGGGCGGAAUACAUCGCAUUCGUUCUGAAGACCUGUACGGCAGACGCUAUGAAAGCGCAAGAGAUAGCCCAGGCUUCCCAGAGCCGCCGUCAAGUUACGAAGACGUCGUUGAUGAUCAUGCGAGCGAACCUGGAGGAGUUCCGUUUUGCGGUGUUCAUGACUCGCCAAACCGGCACCUUCAAGGAAAGACGGGAUGAUUUGCUGGAGAAUGCCACAAGAUGGCUGGAGGAUACUAGAGAGUUCGCCGAGGCUACCUGCGCGAAUCAUAGAGAAGGUCGAGGUACUGAGCAGAGAGCGGAAGAGCAAUGGCUCACAUCAGAGUUCAUCGAGGCGGCUGAGAAGAUCAUCGGUCAAUGGGAAUCGCUAUUACAAUCAAUUCGGGGUGACGCAUUCUAUCAACCGCUUUCUCUUGACGAGAUGACGAACAUCGUCAAGGCUUUGGACUUCACGCACACGGGUCAUUACUACCAAUGCCCCAAUGGCCACACGUACGUGAUCACAGAGUGCGGUGGGGCAAUGCAAGCCGGACGAUGCCCCGAAUGCGGGGCAGCUAUAGGAGGCGGAAACCAUUCCCUCGUCGCCGACAAUACCCAAGCGAUCGAAUUCGAGCGGUUGGCGCGAGGUCGUGGAGCACAAGACAGCCCUUGGGCAUGGGGGAGAGUUGCUGUGUGA